AUGCACAGCCAACGAUAGCCCGAGGUCACGGCACCGGCAGCCCGGACGGGCACACCACCGUUUGUCAACGCGCAGUCGCCUGAACUUUCCUCGCUCCCCCGCGGCAGCGACGGCUCUCAAACACCUCGCGCUCCUCAUCCCUCAUCCAGCUCCACACACCACCCCGACCCCGAAGGCAGACACGACACGCGCGCGUCGGCCUCACUGCCAAACUUCCUCCGUCCCUCGCCCGCCCGGACGCGCACGGCGCGCGACAGACGCCCACCGCGUUCUCCCCCUCCCCGGCGAAGCCCGGCCGGCCUGGCGGAGGAGGACAUGAAGCCGCGGGACCUGCUGGAGCGGAUCCGGCGGCCGUUCGGCUCCCGCCGCGGGUCGUCGGCGUCGGCGCGGCGGGAGGAGGAGGACCUGGAGGCCAUCGCGGCGCGGGAGCAGCGCGCGUUCCGCUACGAGGCGCUGGCGGCGGCCACGCGCAACUUCUCGGAGAAGCAGAAGCUCGGGCAGGGCGGGUUCGGCCCCGUCUACCGGGGCCAGCUCGCCGACGGCCGGGACGUGGCCGUCAAGCGGCUGGGCGCCGGGUCCAGGCAGGGCGCGCGGGAGUUCAAGAACGAGGCCAACCUGCUGUCCCGCGUCCAGCACCGCAACGUCGUCAACCUGCUCGGCUACUGCGCCCACGGCGCCGACGAGAAGCUCCUCGUCUACGAGUACGUCCCCAACGAGAGCCUCGACAAGAUCCUCUUCUCCGCCGCCGCCGCCGCCCCGCCGCCCACCUCCGGCAACAAAACACACUCCGGCAGCAGCAGCGAGGGCGACAGGCCAUUGCGCGCGGAGCUGACGUGGGCGCGGCGGCUGGAGGUGGUGGUGGGCGUGGCGCGGGGGCUGCUGUACCUGCACGAGGACGCGCACACGCCCAUCAUCCACCGCGACAUCAAGGCCAGCAACAUCCUCCUCGACGAACGCUGGGUCGCCAAGAUCGCCGACUUCGGCAUGGCCCGCCUCUUCCCGGAGGCCGGCGACGGCCACUCCCACGUCCAGACCCGCGUCGCCGGCACCAACGGCUACAUGGCGCCCGAGUACCUCAUGCACGGCCACCUCUCCGCCAAGGCCGACGUCUUCAGCUUCGGCGUCCUCGUCCUCGAGAUCCUCUCCGGCCGAAAGAACUCCUCCUUCAUCCCGCCGCCCCGAUCCAGCGCCGACAACCUCCUCGAUUACGCCUGGAAGCUGUACAAGGAGGAGCGGAGCAUGGAGCUGCUGGACCCGUCGGUGAAGUCGACGGCCGCGCCGGACCAGGUGCUCAUGUGCGUCCGCAUCGGGCUGCUGUGCGUGCAGGCGGACCCACGGCUGCGGCCGGACAUGAAGCGCGUGGUCAUCAUCCUCUCCAAGAAGCAGAGCACGCUGGAGGAGCCGACGCGGCCCGGGGCGCCCGGCUCGCGGUACCGGAGGAGGGCGCACGGCCUGCGCAGCUCGUCGCAGUACUCCGACGGCUCGUCGUCGGGCACGACCCCGUCGACGUCGCAUGCGUCGGCGUCCGCGUCGGCUUCGGCAUCGGCGUCGAACGCAAUGACGACAUCGAGCACGCGCACAUUGCGGAGCCGGGGGCUCCCGUCGCACCGGGAAGAGCAGGAGCUGCCCAACGGCAGCUGAAGCCUGCAGACGCCUGAAGCUCACUGUAGAUAUGUCCAUUCUUUUUCGUCUUGUUUCUUUUUGUGUCUUCUCGGAGAUUCUAGAUUAGAUAGUAUGAUUAUUUUGGUAGUGGGUAGGAAGAAGUAGAAUGAUCGGCCGGAUUAUUUUAGGGUGGUGCUAGUAGUUCGUAGCCGGAGGAAGAUGACUGAACUUUCAACUGUCGGCCGAUCGAUUACUGGCAGUGACAGGGAAUGUGCAUAGCAAAUGGAGAGAGAUAAUUGCCGUGUUUACAAAA